AGUAGCGACUCUGCAAGUUGAGUCCUGAGGAAAUGCUGUGGGAACUGCAGCCAGAAGGGGAGGGCCUUUCUGUUUACUUCACUUGUGCGCUGUCUCUUUCUCUCUCACCAGCUCUCUUCCCUUGUGGCUGAAAGGCAGAAGGAGAGGAAUCAGUCACUUAAAUGCGCCUCUGCCUGAGGCUUAGUUUGGAGGACUUUAUUCUUGCUCAGCAGCAGCAGCAAGCAAAGCACCCCUGGAUAUGGCUGUAUCAGGAAGCUUCUGGCUUGUUGUUUUCACCGUUUUCAUCACUGAACUACAACAGCUGUCCUUACAAAUCACCCCUCCCUGUAGCAGCGAGCAUCAAUAUGAAUUUUCUGGACGAUGCUGCACCAAAUGUGAGCCAGGAAAGUACAUGUCUGCCAAAUGCACUCGCACUUCAGAGACCAUAUGCCAGCCCUGUGGCCCAAAUGAGUAUAUGGACAUCUGGAAUGAAGAAGAAAAGUGCUCGCUUCAUAAAAUAUGUGACCAAGGAAGAGCUUUGAUAGAAGUGAACCCGGGAAACAGCACAAACCAGCGGCAGUGUGCCUGCAUCGCUGGCUACCACUGGAAUGAAGACUGCGACUGCUGCCGGCGAAACAAAAAAUGUCCCCUUGGCUCUGGAGUCAGGCAUCCCAUACAACAAAAUAAGGACACAGUGUGCAUGCCAUGCCCAAGAGGAGCCUUCUCUAAUGUCUCUUCUGCGACUGAUGCAUGCAAAACGUGGACCAACUGCACAGCUCUAGGAACUGAGGAAAAAAUUCCUGGGAACAGUUUUUCUGACGUCGUUUGUAAGAAGCAACUGAAGAUGCAGCCACAAGACGAAACCAACACAUUGUUUUAUAUACUGAUUACUCCACUCCUCAUUGCCUUGGUUGGCAUUGCCAUCUUUGCGAUACUCUAUCGCAAUAAAGGGAAAACACUGACAGCAAAUCUACAGUACUGGGCUAAUGACAUGUGCAAGCAAAUGAAAGGGACAAAGGACUCUCCUCAUGGUACAUUUGUAAACAGAAGUGUGGCAAGCCCGGCUGGUCUUCGGCUUUUGGGGGGCACAUAUUUGCUGGACCUUGAUGAAUAUUCUUUUUCGGAGGAUGCAUGUUACCCACAUGGAGACAUCCAGAAUAGGAAAGCAAGCCCUGCUGCAAUCCGCUGUGAAUUGGGAGACGAUUUCCCAACGCUGCCUCCCGCAGCUGUGUCUGAAGAUGACCAGUUUAGGCAAAUACCCACAGAAGACGAGUAUAUGGACAGAACAACCCAGGGGUCUUGCUAUUUUCCUUUACUGAGUAGACCUGAAAGCAAGCCUGUGUCGCCAUUCUCAGAGCCACUGGAAGUAGGAGAGAAUGACAGCUUGAGUCAGUGCUUCACGGGGACUGAGAGUCUGAUAGACUCGGCAAACUGCUGCUGCUCAGAUCCUUCAUGUGGAAUGGACCCUGUUCAUGCCUCCUCACACCAAUGCCUGCAGAACUCUUUUCAUCAACCCUCCUGCAGUAGCAUGGGAGAUGCUGAUAACCAAGGCAUAAGUGUCUCCCUCUCGGUGCCCAAGGAAAUCAGGUGUACUGCCUGUUGUGUGUCCUGCAGAGAAUCUUCCAGCAAAGCUGGCAACACCAUGCAUUCUUUAAAAGAAAGUGGGCCUUCUCCACUGUGCACCUGUUGCUUGGACUCUCCCUCUGUCGAUCAGUGUGGUUCGGCAAGCAACAAUGGUGUCAGAAGUGAUCCAUCUGACGGAAACGGCACAAAGGACCAUAACGCAAAAAGAGCUCCUGAGUCGUCAAACGGCAGCCCUUCAGAUCCCCCAGCAGCAUCUGGAAAUGUGACUGGAAAUGGCAACUCUACAUUCAUUUCAAGUGGGCAAGUGAUGAAUUUCAAAGGCGAAAUCAUCGUCGUCUACGUGAGUCAGAAUUCCCAAGAAGGGUCCAUGUCUCCCGGAUCAAGUGACGACAGCCUGGGCAGCCCAGUGCAAGAGGAAAAUCUGGACCGUUGUGAGACCUUUGCGGGCAACGCUUGCCAAUAUAAGGAAAAAUGUGCUGAGAUGAAUUCGUAUCACAGUGUGGGAGAUGAACCACCAAGCAUUGUGGGAGACUACAAGAGAACUGCUGGGCCUAUAGCUCAAGAAGAGAUGCGUGAGAGUCAGAACACGAAACUUUUCUAUAAUGAGGCCUCGCCGCCCGUGCAAGAGGAGGGAAAGCCAGGGCAGUUUCUAAAGCAGCCAUUGCACUGAUAGGAACCAAGGCCUGAAUUGCUGGUUUCUGGCAUUUGGUCAAAAGGACACGAUGACUGGAUGUGUCCUAGCAAACAGCAGCUGGGUAGCAAUCUUUUAAUUCGUCGUCGUCAUCAGAACGCUGCGGCUGACAGAGAAGCAGGGCCUUUUCUGGAUGAUGGUCCCUCUGCUAUAAAAGGAAGCAGGAAACUUCAGUACGCUUUGGUGCUAUAGGGUACUCUCUCACAACAAGCUGAAUAUUUCAAGAUUCAGGCGCAAGAGGCAUUGCUGCUGUUCCGAAUGCCCUGGGAAAUAAGCUCCCGAGCAUCUUGUACAUAUUGCAAAUGUCUCUGGUCUUGCAUUUUGUUAGAAUGGUAGACCGGCUGUUAGGGAGAAACUUGGUUCAGUUUGCUUUUAAAGUUGAAUUAAUCAAAUUUGCACUUUCCGUAACAAUAGGAGAACCACAACACAGCCCUCUUUCAAAAUCCGCACUUACCUAAAUGGUGCACUUCAGUUCUCCAACCAAAUAAUGUUUACAAAAAUGCUUAUCUUGGCGGGGAAUGUGUAUAGAAAUAAAUACCUUUGUGCGGAAACAUAUAAAAAUGCACGAUAUCAGGAGAAACAGCUUGCAAAAAUGGGCAAUUAGUCAAAAUGGUAGACAAAAAUGUGUUUAUUAGAAGAUUGCACUAAAAUGCUGAAGAAUCUUUAUAAGGUUUUUUGUGUGUGUAAAAUCAUGAAUUGCUGCAUAAAUGUGGAGAACUGAAUUUAAGACUGGAGAAAGGAUGACCUCAGAGAACCGCAACUGACAAGACCCUUCCGUCUCUUGAACAGGAGUCGUGUUUUUUUUUCAUUUGAUAGGCUUGAGGUUAACGUUAGCUAUGGAAGACGCCACUGGUUUAGUUUUCUUAUUUAAAUGUCCAUUCACCACCUUGUCCUUUAAAAGCAAAUCCAGUUUUUAAAGGGGUUUGCAAGAGCUACUCUGGGUCUAGGCUUGGUUGGCUUAUUGCAGGCUUCUGCCAAUCUCUGCUCUGUUCAGCUGGUUUCUGGUGCAAACUUACAGAACCAUGAGCUCAGCCUUGGAGAAGACUGGUUUGUUUGAGCAGAACAUAAUGGGUUUUCUUCCAGAACAGCUCCACUGCUCAAUAUUUCAUUUGCUGCAUAGCCUCUGAUUCUGAAUUUUAAAAUCUUAAACAUCGUUUUAGCACAGACUGUCAGCCAUAGUUUAUUUGUAGCUAAUAUUGUUCCAUCAAGUUUGAUGGGUAGGGCGCCAGAUAACCAAGGAAGGGGGCUACCAGCUGCAUUUGACUCCAACUCCUCCUCUUCCCAAGCCUUGGUUAUUUUAAAAUUCCCACUAGCCUUUUCCUUGCCCCAGUUCUUUUCUGAAUGUCUGUGGGUAUCAUGUUGCUGGGUCCAGCAACAAUCAACAAAAAUGAGGAAACAUUUUAUAAAAAGAAAUUUAUUCCAUACCCUCCAAGAUAGGGACGUCCUGUUCCAUAAAAUAAUAAUAAUAAUAAUAAUAAUAAUAAUAAUAAUAAUAAUAAUAACAACAAUAAUCCUGCCCAUCUGACUGGGUUGCCCCAGCCACUCUGGGUGGCUUCCAACAUAUAUAAAAACAUAAUAAAACAGUGCACAUUAAAAGGCUUCCCUAUACAGAGCUGCCUUCAAUUGUCUCCUAAAGAUGUCAUCUCCUUGACAUCUGAUGGGAGGGUGUUCCACAGGGCAGGUGCCACUACUGAGAAGGCUCUGUGCCUGGCUUCCUGUAGCUUCACUUCUCGCAGUGAGGGAGCUGCCAGAAGGCCCUUGGAGUUAGAUCUCAGUGUCUAGGCUAAAUGUUGAGUGUGGAAAUGCUCCUUCAAGUAUUAUCCCUGCUUCCUUUCAGAUACACACACACACACACACACACACACACACACACACACACACACACACGGCUGUGCCAUGGUGCUCAGCAACCUUAUGUGCAGCCUCUCCUGCAAGCAAGCCACCCAACACUCAUCAAAUCCCCACCACUAUCCCGUUAGGCUAGGUGGCUUCCAACAGAUAUAAGAUCAUAAUGAAACAUUAAACAUUUAAAAACCUCCCUAUACAGGGCUGUCUUCAGAUGUCUUCUAAAAGUCGUAUAGUUACUUAUCUCCCUGGCCUGCGGGUCACAUAACUCCAUACCCUCCAACAUUUCACCGAUGAAAAGAGGGAUGUCCUGAGCAGGAGAUUACGGGAUCAAAUCAGAAACCGGAACGGCUUAUGUAAAUCCAGGACUGUCCCUGGGAAAUAGGGAAACUUGGAGGGUCUAUUAUUCAGAGGAGCCUCUUAAGUCCCUGUACAAGAACCUCAAACUACAGGCCUAAAGGAACUGCCCAUAUUACAGGACUCAAAUUGCCCUGACCUUAAUAGGAAGGAAGAGUUUUCUGCCAAGACUGGGUCGCCAUCCACUGGCUGCGUAAAGUAAACCCUUCUGUUGCAGACUAUCAUCAGUCCAGGAGCAAAAAUGCUCACAAGACUACUCACAUUGCCCUCUGCUGGCUUUCUUCUUCUUCUUCUUCUUCUUCUUCUUCUUCUUCUUCUUCUUCUUCUUCUUCUUCUUCUUCUUCUUCUUCUUCUUCUUCUUCUUCUUCUCCUCAGCUGAUGCAGCUGACUCAUUACCAUGCACUUUAAUGCCCUAAAAAAGGGGAGGACAUUGGCACCGAAUGCCUCUCUCCAUCCCUCCCUCCUAUUCAUGUGAAUAUGAGACAGCGGCAUUAGGUACUGAAGAAGGAAAAUAUGCCUUGCUGAGGGCAUGGGUAUCUGUGGUAUGACAAUGUUAUAUUUGGAGUUUAAAAAUCAUUUUGAGAGUCUGGAAUAGAUAAAAAACCUAGGUUAUAUAUGAUGAUACCCUUAUGGAUCUCAACGCAAGAAGCAUUUCAUAGAAAAGAGGUGAUGGAUGAAGAGAAAGGGUUAGCCUAUCAAUAAUUAUUAGAGAGGAAACUAUGCCUUGCUUCACAACAUUUCAAGAAGAGGAGUUUAUAAUACUGUUUUCAUAGAAUCAUAGAGCUGGCAGGGACACCAAGGGUCAUCUAGAGCAACCCCCUGCAACGCAGGAAUCCUCCUUGGGUGGGCUUGAACUACCAACCUUCUGGUUAACAGCCAGAGGCACUGACCCAUUGCGGUAUGCAAAAAGCAUGCUGAACCGCCCCCGUGUUUUCGUUGACCUACUUGUUCCCCGCAAAAGAUAAAGAUGGGAUAUUUGGGGACUGCUGGGGCGGGGGGGGGAAGGUGAAAUUCUAAGGAUUUUCAGUUUUCUAUGACAUGGCCAAAAGCAUUGCCACUUCUUCUCCUCCUCCUCCUCCUCCUCCUCCUCCUCCUCCUCCUCCUCCUCCUUCAGUAAAAAUAGAAAAAAGUAAGUACCACCUAGUUUCUUUCUCUGUUCUUCAUCUUUCCAACAAACCUGUGCAUUUCUCACAAGGAUGGAGGCAGAAAUGAUUAAUAGGGGCCUCAGCCGCUACAUUUUUUUCUAUCUCAGGAAACUUGUACCACAUGAAACUUCCAAGCACAUGGAAGUGCUGCCUUUGAAUGUUAGCUCCUCUCACGCUCCAUCUUUAAAUUUAGCAGAUGUAAACUGCCAGGGAUUGGGGGCGGAAUUAAAUUCAGUUUGAAGUUAAAAGCCUACUUACCUACUUUUCACUUUCUAAAAGAUUCUGUGAAUCAAGACACAGCCACCCUUUGAAAUUCAGGCUUAUCCGAAUUUUGCAAUGCAACACUCCGGGCACAAGAAUACAUAUACUAGUGCUAAAGUCUGUGUAUAGUUGCAUAUAUUACAGGAAAGAACACGCAAACUGCAUUCUUAGUAAAAAAUGCAUAUAUUGAGGAUUGUAUACAAAAAUGUGUAUAUGAAGAUAAAUUCACACUAAGAUGCUGAUGAAUUUUCUCAAUUUGCAUCUUUGAAACUUUGUGUUAAAAAGGGAAUUAAAAAGUGUUCAAAAACAGACCCCAUCCUUU